AUUUGGAAAAAAUAGUUACACACGCGGUGCGGCGCUGGUACUACCUACGAAACCUCGGGCCGCGUUAAACAGCCAAAACUACAAGAAACGCACACGCUAUUACAAUACAAUCCUUUUGAUGGUGUUGUUCUUUUGUUAAUAACAAAAGCUAAGCGUAACCAUAACUUACGGACUACAUCCGCGAAGCGUCAAUCUACAAACAUGUCUAUCGCCGAAUUAGCUUGCUCAUACGCCGCUCUCAUCCUUCACGAUGAUGAUGCUGAGAUCAGCACCGAGAACAUCGAGAAGAUCGUUUCCGCCGCUGGCGUAAAGAUCGACAGUUACUGGUACGGUCUUUUCUCAAAGGCUCUAAGUGGCUCUGAUGUCAACCAGCUUCUAUCAGCUGUAGGAAGUGCGUCUGCUGGCCCUGCCGCUGGUGCCGCACCUGCUUCUGGUGAUGCCCCUGCUGCCGCAGAGAAGGCUGCCGAGCCCGAGCCUGAGGAAGAAUCCGAAGAGGAGGACAUGGGUUUCGGACUUUUCGAUUAAGUUUUGUUGAUUCAAAAUAUUAAAUAAAGAACCGGACUUGUAUAGUUUUAGGACUAGCUUCGUAUCAAACCGGCUGCACAGUUCUUUGGUUUUGUUAAGACAAGGAUAUUAGAAAAAAUUGCAUGUAUGUUGUAGUUCUAGCCAUUCCUGAAAUAUCAUUGUGUGUGCCGGAUUUUGGAUGCGAGUUAGAGCUGGUUGGAUGCGUCUACUCGUCCGACAAUGGAUUCGUUGGCUGUUACUGCUUUUCUUAUUGUUCCUGGUGCAUACUGAUUAUCGAACGAUCAGAGCUGCUGCCGAGGAUAUAUAUAUAACCCUGGUUCACCGUAUUGACUAUGCUGUCGGCUUAUUGGCUCGGAAAAGGUUUUACUAUGAAGAAUUGCUGCUAUAAAUGAAGAUUUUCUUUGGCCCUCAAUCUGUGGAUUAAAAGGUAUAUUUGAUAUGAAGAUUGGGUCUCUACUGUCCACCAAAACGAGACCUUUGUAGAGCUUAAUGAGAAGUAUGCAUUGUUCUGUUAUUGUGUUGAUCUUUUAAAUAAAUAAGAUGCAAAAAAAACUGAUGA